CAUGGCUCGCACCUGCGGGUGCGCGCACGUCGCUGUCACUCGAAAUGCGGACACGGCGAGAUGUCAGCAGGGCCGUGCUUAUCUCUUUCAGCGAUGCGGCCCAGUUCACACUUCAGAGAUUUUUCUUGAAUUUUAACAGCGAAACAAACAUGUCUUCUCAAUGCCAAUAUUAAUGAGGAUCCAGUUUCAUGCGGAUGAGUGGGACUGCAGCGCACAGCGGCGUUGUUUAUCUAACACCCCUGCUAGCCCAACAACACACCACCCUCCAGAGAAAGAGCCCUAACCACACGGGUUACCUCUCACUCUUGAUGUUAUAAUUCAAACUUUACUCUCAUCUCAAAGGCUGACCAACGGCUUUCCACACUCACACCUUUCAUCCGUUCUGCGGCGGGGGGGUCACGGUAACCGACACGGACAGGAGCCCCCCCGGGACAGAUCACACAGCGGCGGCUGUUAAAUUGAGGAGCAGCUAUGGCUGAAAUCUCCGCCCUCACUUCCUCACCUCCCGGUAUGGGUGACCAAUCAGUACCUGUUCCCUCUAGCCCACUGCCUCUCCCGUCAGAAACACCCAUCCCAAAAUCAUCUCUAUAUGGGGACCGAGCAGUGAUGGGGAAUCCAACAUUACAGGCAGGAAGUGGGACAAACUCCUCUUCCCCAGGUUCAACUUGGGAGACCACACCUACCCAGAACAGUGCCGCUCCCUCUUCAACAACAACAAAGAGUCCUGUUUAUCCACCUGUGGAGGUACUAGCUGCAGCAGAUGGAGGGACUAAUGAGGAAAAAUGUUUAAUUGGCCACACAGUCGCUCAGGGCUCAGAGCAGGAGCAACAGAUGCCAUCUUCUCCUGAUCCCAGUCCUAAUCUUUACCCCAAUGUUCAAGUCAACCAGAUCUCCCAUCCUGCACCCUCCAAUGACAUUCCUCCUGAGCUCCCCCCUCCCUCUGUUCCCAUUUCCACUGAACAUCUCUCAACCUCCAACCCUGCCCCCUCUCACUCAUCACAAUACUCUGGCCAAAUAUCAGCAGGUCCUUUUGAAGCAGAAGCACCCACCCAGAACCCCAAACCCAACACUCCCAGCACCCUCAGUACAUCUGAGCCUCCCUGCACACCCUCAAAGACUGAGCCCCCAGCCGUACUGGUGCAGGAGUCAAGUGGGUCCCUGGGUCUGCCCCACACUUACACACGGCCGGCCCCAGACACCUUGAGCUACCUGGAGUCGGCCAGCAUGAUGUCGGGCACGCUGGAGUCUCUGUCGGGGCUCGGCGAGGAUGGCAGUUCUUUGGGGUCCGACUCGGAGAUCAAUGGCCCAGUGCGACGCACUGAUAAAUAUGGGUUCCUGGGAGGAACGCAAUAUAGUGAGGCCAGUGAGGCGGAGAUCCAGGUGGCUGUGGCAAGACAAAGAGAGAUGAAAUGGCUGGACAUGUUCAGAAACUGGGACAAGUGGAUAUCUCGACGCUUUCAAAAGGUAAAAUUGCGCUGCAGAAAAGGAAUCCCCUCUUCGCUCAGAGCUAAAGCUUGGCAGCUGCUCUCCAACAGCCAGGAGCUUCUUGAGUCCAAUCCUGGAAAGUUUGAGGAGCUGGAGCAAGAGCCAGGGGAUCCAAAGUGGUUGGACAUCAUUGAGAAGGACUUGCACAGGCAGUUCCCGUUCCAUGAGAUGUUUGCUGCUCGGGGGGGACAUGGCCAGCAGGACCUGUACCGUAUACUGAAGGCCUACACCAUUUACCGGCCUGAUGAGGGCUACUGUCAGGCCCAGGCACCAGUGGCAGCAGUGCUGCUCAUGCACAUGCCUGCUGAGCAAGCCUUCUGGUGUCUCGUGCAAAUCUGUGAGAAAUACUUGCCCGGGUACUACAGCGCUGGGUUGGAAGCUAUCCAACUUGAUGGAGAGAUUUUUUUCUCUCUGCUGAGGAGAGUGUGUCCUAUGGCUUACCGUCACCUAAAGAAAUUUAAGAUUGACCCCAUCCUGUACAUGACGGAGUGGUUCAUGUGUAUCUUCUCCCGUACUCUGCCUUGGGCCUCCGUCCUACGCGUCUGGGACAUGUUUUUCUGUGAAGGAGUAAAGAUUGUGUUCCGGGUGGGUCUGGUUCUACUCAAGCAAAUGCUGGGAUCUGUGGAUAAGCUCCGUGAGUUGCAGGGCAUGUACGAGACCAUGGAGCGACUGAGGAACAUUCCAGCUGAAGCAAUCAGAGAUGAAGUUCUUGUGCAAGAGGUUGUCACUCUGUCUGUGACAGAGGCUCUCAUAGAGAGAGAGUGCAGUAUUCAGGUGCGGAAGUGGCGGGAAUCUCGUGGAGAGUUGACCCACCAACCAGGCCGUAGGCUGCACGGCACACGGGCCAUCUUCGAGCAAAAGCACCGGGCUGCUGCGAUCAGCUCUGGGGGCAGCCUGUCCUUCUUGGGCGGUCCUCCGCCUGGCCCCUUGCGUGCCUCAUCAAGCCUCCUUUCCCUUUCCGGCCUUAGAAAGUCCAAGACACCGUUCCAUUCUCAGAAUAAGAAAGGCUUCACCUCUGGCAGCUCAGGCCAGGAUGCUGUCCCACUGCAGCCCUUUAGAAGCAGCACUAGUGUAGUGGGACCGCCAUCCUCGGCUGGGAUGACACACUUAAAGCCUCCUGUAUCACCUCCCUAUAAUAAUGAAGCUGGGGGGCGUCCACAGGCACCACAUGGUCCCAGUCCUCUAGCUGCAGCAUCUUCUACUACCACGGCACUGGCUCCAACAGCACACACAUCCAGUGCGCACACACUCCAACCGAAAGUCAUCUCUGAGCACAUUACCCCCACCAUCCCCUCACCCACCGCCAACAAUGCCCCAUUACCACCGUGCCCCGAGUCAGCAAAAACAGCACCUGCAGAGGCAGCAGAAGAGGACGAAAAGAAGAAAAAGAAAAGCAAGGAGGACAAGAAGAGGGAAAAAGAGGAGGAGAAGCAGAAAUCCAGAGAAAAGAAGGAGAGGGAAAAGACAGAGAAGGAACGGCUGAAGAAAGAUAAGGAGAAAGCUGAGAAGGAGAAGAAAAAGGAAAAGGGGGGGAAGAAAAAAGACAAAGGAGGAGGUGGAGAGAUGGGGGAGAAGAAUGGAGGCGCAGCAGCAAAAGAUUUGGCCUAAUUCCUGACCUGUCAUUCCUUCAGAUAGAAGGGCAGGAGAAGGAAGAUGGGGGGAAAAAAAGAGGACAAGGAAUCAAAGUGACUGCAGACUGGUGAAAAGAGUGAGAGAAUAAAAGAGAGGGAGAGACAGAGAGGAUAAAUGAGCAAUCUCAUGUAAUGUCCAUUUCAUCUCAAGUACUCAUUUCAUAUGGAUAACUGGAUCACUGCACCCACACCACAUGCUCCACCUCUCAUCAUUGCUUCUGCUUUCAAAGCUGAUGUCAGCCUGACGAAACAUGUGAAAGUAAUUAUUAUUUGGCUGAAGUAGUUUUUUUAUUAGUUUUUUGAUGGUGGAUACCUGACAGUACAAGUAGUUCUAUGUUCUAGUAUAUUAGGUGCCAAGGUUUACAUAAACCACUUACGCCUUUGGGCCCAUCUGUGCCAGCCCCACAAUCCCCUCUGUACAUCACCUGAGAGGCGUCUCAGCCAGAAUAUACAGAACGAAUAAAAUAUUUCUAAAAUGAAUGCAAAGAGAAAAGCAAGACAAUAACUUUAGCCCCUGUGCUAGUAAUAAUGUUAAGUGUGAAUGUCCUGGAGGACCUAUUUAUUCACUGUACUGUUGUUUAUUAGUGUGUGUUAUUGUUUGUUUGUGCCUUGGCAGCGUAGUAAAUUGUUUAACAGUCUUGUGCUGCAGAUAGGUCUUAUUAGGUUCUUCUCUCUUUUCAGCUUCUCCUUCCAGUCAUGCCCAUAUAGUUGAAAGGUAGAGCAAAAAGAGUUAGGAAGUGGCCUUUAGGGGGAGUGAAAGAGCUGAUAUUAAGAACUGAAAGGAAAGGUGCAGGACUUGUUGACUAAUGUUGCAGCCUCUAAUAUGUAAGUUGACAUAAGGGGAGAUUCUUCAAAAAAAAAAAAAAAAAAAAGGGUUACCUAUCUGUCUCUGCUCAAUGACUGCAGAAACUUUAAAUAUCAGUCCAUCGCUAUGUUUCAUUGACACUUAAUUUUCUCUGACCCAGAAAAUCAAAAAAAUUUGAUGUUAAAAAUUUGAUUUGGCAUAAACUGCAGUACAUGUUAACAUCUGCCAUGUGUGUAGAAAACUCCAACCAUUCAGUGUGGUUUGAUGUUAAUAAUCUUGAUUUUAAUAUGGAUGGAGUUUUGCACUGAGGCCUGCUGAUUUUCACAUUUACCUUUUAUCGAUUCUGAUGUUGGGCACUCUCUAAUACAGUUCACCUGACUCCUUCAAUCUGUGCUUUUUGGAGUGGAAGUUUUGGUGCAGCAGUGUACCAUUAACCUUUGAAGCUCUUGGCUUCAGGUUGUAAUGUUUUGAUGUACAAACUUGUAUUAAUUUAAUCAGAUAAAACCAUAUGAUAUCUAUUACAGCUAUUAUUAGUCUUCUUUUGGAUUAUAUUUUUUAUUUUUCUAUGCAAGUACAGUAUAUGGAGGCCUGAUAGACUGGAAUGGCUGUGAGCUUUCAUCAUAAAGAGGGCCCACUGUUAAUAGAGUGUUGUGGAGAACUUUGUAUUUAAUCACAGGAUUUAUUUCCAUUUUAUUUGUAAAGCACUGAAAUUUAUUUUUGCAUAUUUUCUUCCAACUUCCAGUUGUCCAGCAGUUGUCAUUUAUUUUAGACAUUUUAAAAUCACAAAUAUGUCUGAUGUUGCUGCAGUAUUUACAUUAUAGGAGAUGGUAAUGGUGAUUUCAUACUGAUAUUUAUUCCACUCUAUUCUGAUUUCUUUCUUUUAGUUUUUUGCAAUUAUGUGCCCAUCAUAUUAGAGUUGUCUUAAGAUUGAGAAAGAAGGAAAGGAGGGUCCAGAUAUGCUCAAUAAAAGGUAUGCUAGGCAUUUCUUUGUUGGUUAAAUUGUUAAAUAGUGUCCUUAAGAAACACCUCACCUGAACAGUGUUACUCUUGAUGUUAAGUGAACACUGAUAAAUUUAGGACUUACUCCACCAUUACCCACUGACCCCAUCAGUGUUAUGAAUUAUUCUGAUAAAUUCACUUGGUGAUUUGACCUUUUGUGAGUUUUUAUUGUGCUUGUAGGGCUCAUACUCUGUAUAUAGUAUUCUCGAGUUUCCAUCAAGACAACAGACCUGAAGUGGGAUUUCUCGGAACCGAGCCUUGGUGAUGAGACAUUUCCUUUGCAAUAUGGUAGCCAAAUAUUCUGUCAAUGUUUUAAUGGCAUCUCUUGGGUUUAUGGACUGGGUUGUUGCAUUGUUAAUUCUCAAAUCCAGUGGUGUUGUUCCUGGCCCUUAGAGGUCAUUGCUUCCUCUAACGGCACAACUGUUUAUAACAAAUUAUGUCUAUGCAAACUUUACGUUCCAAACUCUCUGCACAAUGUUAAUGUUGAUAUAUAAAUUGUGGCCACCACAGGGCCCAAACUAACUUCACUGUUUCUAUCCAUUGAAACCAGAUAUCAGUACUGGAACUGCUGUAGAUAGGGUGUAGUGGGGUGUCUGUGGCCUGUUAGAUCUAGAUCACUUUGAUAUUCUAGAUUCAUCUGAAGAAUUCCAGCCACUCACAUAAACCUGUUAUGCACCUAUCAGGCCACCAUCAAUAACACCACCUUCUUGUCUGUAUUGCAAAGGAUAUAACAGAUGGACUUGAAAUGGUUUGUACGCUAUGCUCAUCAAGAUUUGAUACAAGGAUCGUCCAAGGUUGGUUUACUAACAUGCUGGGACAGGGUGUAAAGUAUUUGACUUGUCUAAUGAGUUUCAGCAUUGGUUGAUAUGACCCAGUGUAUGUUGUAGGAUUAUUGUAAAAUUCAUUUUAAUUUAUUUUUUUAUUUUAAUUUUAGUUUUUGAUUAGGUUUAGUGUUCUCUCAUCCUGUCACUUGUAUGUCUUAAGCUUGUUUCUAAGUUUACAUUAAACCAUUUACCAUUGAGGAUGAUAUAAAUUCAUAGAUGAAGACAGUUGUUCAAUAACUGUAGAAGAGGAAGUUCACAGUGUAUUUAAUAAUUAAUUUGAUGAUAGUUGUGAUUAAUAAUAAAUCAUAAUAUAUUAAAAGCC